UGGCCGUCGGCGCCGAGCGUGGGCCCUGUCAGCCUCGCUGAAGACAAACUUCGAUCGUAACAUGAUGCAAGAUUAGGGGAGGAAAUACGAGAUGGCAUUGGUAUAUAUGAGAGAUGGAAUGCUGCUCUCUUUGUCCUCCCAUCCAAACAUCAACUCAUCAACUCUACAUUAAUACUUCAUCACAACUAUCACUUCCACACUUCAACAACACCACCUCCAAACCAUCAACAUGAAGUUCACCGUCGCCGCCGCCGCCGCCUCCAUGGCCGCCAUCUCCUCCGCCCUUCCCCAGGCCUCUACUCCCUUCCCUCGCCCCGAGGCCGGCGACGUCUUCCGUCUGAUGUCUCUGCGCACCGGCACCGAAAUCCAGUACGGCAACGUCCAGGCCAAGGAUGGCAGCCUCGUCAUCAAUUCGCCCGACCAGAACAACAAGACCUGCGCCAUCAACGGCGACCGCGAAAACGUCACCAGCGGUAUCAACUACGCCUCCUUCACGCUCGACCAGGAUAACGGCAGCGUCUACAUCUACACAUUCAACCCCCCUCUUCAGCUGUACGUCGACCGCAGCGGCAUGGGCCAGGGCAACCUCCGCUACACCACCGGUGUCGAGCCCAUCGGCAAGAACCAGGAGCGCGGCCCCUUCAAGAUUAACGACGAAGGUGAUCUCGUCUUCGCUGCUGGUGGUCUGAACGGCGACGUUGGCUUCCAGGCUUGCCCCGGUGCUGUUGGCGGAGGCUGGAAGAUCUGGCUCUCUGGUGUAGACAAGCCUGCUGGUUCUGAGGGAUGCACUCCCUUCACCAUGAAGGCACUCAAGGAGGCCGAGCCCAAGAAGUGCCUCUACUGAGCUUGUAAAGACCUUUAGGUUGUAUGAAUCGAUAGUUUCGAAGACGGGACUUUUGUUUUCUAAUGUGUAUGUAUUAUCGCAUGUAAGCGUCUUCAUAGCUUUUUAUUAUAACUAGAAUUGUAAAUGACAAUAUUUAUCUUUAUACCCC